ACAUGUGUCAAUUGUGUCAUGCGUGAUGUCAAUUGUAAAUUCUGUCGAAAAUAGGAUACUGCUAUGAGAAAUUUUAUUCAGAUAGUGUGAAUUGAAUUACAAAAAAGAAACUCAAAACAAUUUCAUCCGUAGGAACAUCUAUGUUCGUUGUGAAAAUAAUAUCAAAUAAUCAUAAUGACUAGAUUCGCUAGAGCAAAAGGUUCUAAAGCUUCUAACCUAAAAUCUCCUGAAGAUGGUACACCAUGGGAAGUGAUGAAAGAACAUAUGUUAAAAGCUAAAACUGAUAGCGAAGAGAGCAAAAAACGAGAAGAGGCAGAACAACAGAGAAUAGAGAAUUAUAAUAACUUUCUAAAGGAACAUAAGGUUCAGAAAAGAAAAGCGACAUGGUGUGAUUUUCCUGAAUCUGAAAGUAUUUUAAAACCGAAACAAAAUAAAAAGAAAAAUAAAGAAAAAUCGGUUAAAUCUAUUUCUGAUAAAAAUUUUAAUGACAACAAAGAGUUCACUGAAGUUGAAAAGAAAAAGGAAAUUAAAAAUAAUAAAAAUAUAACCUCAAAGUUGGAGCAUAAAGAUGACAAUGAUGCCAGUUCACCAUCUGAACAAAACUUAUCAAAGAAAAAGCAAAAAAAGAGCAAAAAAAAGAAUGUGUUAUCUGAAUCUACAGCUGAAAUCUCUAAUAUUAGUACAUCUUUAACCUCAGAUAAACAAAAUGAUCAAUCAAAAACUGUUAAAAGUGCAAAACAUAAUCUAAAAAACAACACUAAAGCAAUAAAUGAUAAUGCUAAAAAUAACAAAUUUGGUAAUAAAAACACAAAUAAUCAAAAUGGAAAUUUAUAUAAUUCUGAAGUCGUACAGAAAGUGAAAAAUAAAACAAAGAAUGGUAAACCACAGAGGAGAAAGCCUAUCAAUGACAAUAGUUUCCAACUCAUUAUUAAUGGUAAGGAAGUUGAAUUAGUGAGAUUUGAUGGAUUUCCUAUCAUGAAAAAAGAUGCAGAAAGACUUGAAGAAUUAAAAAAGAGUAUGAUUAAAAAAGGUAUACCAAAAAGUGAAGUACAGAGAACUAUGAAACUGGAGAGACGGAGAGCUGAAAAAGCCUUGGCUAGAGUUAAAAGAGAAGUGUGUUACAAUUGUAGGAAAGGUGGACAUAAUCUGUCGGACUGUCCUGACUUAAAGUCAAAUAUACCGGGUGUUGAUUCAGCAGAAGGUGUCUGUUUUAAAUGUGGGUCCACUGAGCACAGACAGUUUGAGUGCAAAGUUCAAAGGGACAAAGAGUUCAGAUUUGCAACAUGCUUCAUUUGUAAAGAAUCUGGGCACAUAGCGAGACAAUGUCCUGAUAAUCCCAAAGGUCUGUACCCGAAUGGUGGAUGUUGUAAAUUAUGUGGUGAUGUAACACACAUGAGGAAGGAUUGCCCAACGGUAAAUGACAAAAAAGAAGAGACUUCCAUAAAGCUUCAGACUCUUAAUGAUGACAAUAUUGAAGAUUUAGGUUAUCAAGCAAAAUCAGUUGCUCAAGAAACAUUCAAAAAACCUAAAAAGAUAAAGUUUUAGUUAAUGUAUAUUAAAAUAAAAAGUUUAUAAUGUAAUUAAAUGUAUUCAAUGUAA